AUGGCUUCCCUACAGACUAUUCGCAUCGGCUAUGUGCCCGAACACUAUCUGACCCCUCUUCACCUGGCCUUGCGAUCUCCGGCCGUGUCCUCCCUCCCAUACAAGAUCGCCCUGACCCCAUUCCCUUCUGGCACGGGCCAUAUGAUCACGUCGCUCCGCGGCAAUGAAAUCGAUAUCGCCAUUGGUUUGACCGAGGGUUGGGUUGCUGGUCUGACUGGAAAGACGCAACCGCAGAACCCCGCCGAGGGAGGAUACAAGGUUGUUGGCCACUGGGUGGAUAACCCGCUGCGAUGGGCAAUUGUCACUGGUCGCAACCGGGACAAUAUCAAUGGUGUGCCGGACCUGAAGGACCAGAGAGUUGGUGUGAGCCGCAUGGGAAGUGGCUCCCAUAUCAUGUCCUUUGUUCUGGCUCAGCAGCAGGGCUGGAAGCCAGACUCCCUGACCCCAGUCCCUCUGGGUCCGUUCGGCGCCCUACGAACCGGCGUCACUGGACAGGACGAAGCAAACCCGAGCCAAGAACCCAACCCGACAGCCGAGUUCUUCAUGUGGGAGCACUUCACGACUAAGCCAUUCUUCCACGCAACUACCGAGAAGCCCAACCCACCUUUGAAGAACAUUGGCGAGAUCUUCACCCCCUGGCCAUCAUGGAUGAUUGUUGCCUCAACGGCUCUAUUCCCAGACCCCCAGAAUGACCAGCGACUACAGCAACUGUUCCAAGCUUUGGACCUGGGCAUCAAGGAGUUUGAGGCCGAUACCGCUCAAGUCGUGAAGCUCCUGGGCACUGGUGAGCUCGGCUGCAACUAUAUCGAGGAGGAUGCAACGGAGUGGUUGAAGGAUGUCAAGUUUACGAAUGCUACUCGUGGCGUUGAUCGUAAGGUUAUUGAGGGCGUUGUGGAUAUUCUGAAGGUGGCUGGUGUCAUUGAUACCGCUAUGAGCAAUGAUGAGGCUAUCCAGCGAGUCAUUGGAAUCCCUCGGUAG